AAGUCAUGUGACAGCGGACAGUGACCGCGCAGGUGAUCAACUUCUAAAAAAAAAAAAAAGGCAAAAGAAAAGAAGUAAACUAAAGAGUUUUACCAGCUCCUGGUCCCGGGGGGUCGGUCCAGUGUUCAGUGGGGGCCUGUCUCCGCGUGCUGUGGGCCGGGCCAUGACGCUCCGGGGGCGGGUCUCCCUCUGGAACCACGCAGCUGGAUUUCUCUCUUCAGCAUCCCGGAGGAAGCAGGCAGCGUCUCCCCGCAGCCACAGACACGUGUGUCCGCUCCGUCACUCCUCUGCUUCAGCCACCACCACCAGCCCCAUCAACACCAUCACCAUCACCCCCAUCACCAUCACCCCCACCAUCAUGGCCGAGGAGGCGAAGAAACUGGCCGCUUACGCCGCCGUGGACAACCACGUCCAGAACAACCAGGUGGUCGGAGUCGGCAGCGGGUCGACCAUCGUCUACGCUGUGGACAGACUGGCGGAGAGAGUGCGUCAGGAGAAACUCAACAUCGUGUGUGUGCCCACGUCCUUCCAGGCCCGUCAGCUGAUUCUGCAGCACGGCCUCACGCUGUCGGACCUGGACAGACACCCAGAGCUCGAUGUGGCGAUUGACGGAGCAGACGAAGUGGACGCCGACCUCACGUUGAUCAAAGGCGGAGGCGGCUGCCUGACUCAGGAGAAGAUCGUCGCCGGCUGCGCCAAACAUUUCGUUGUCAUCGCCGACUACAGGAAAGACUCCUCGGCUCUGGGUCAGCAGUGGAGGAAGGGAGUUCCUGUAGAAGUCAUCCCCAUGGCGUACGUCCCCGUCUCCAGGGCGAUCGCCAGGCUCUUCGGAGGGGAGGCCAACCUGCGGAUGGCCGUCAGUAAAGCAGGUCCUGUGGUCACCGACAACAGUAACUUCAUCCUGGACUGGAAGUUUGAGCGCGCUCAGAACUGGAAGGAAGUCAACACUGCGAUCAAGAUGAUUCCAGGUGUGGUGGAGACAGGACUUUUUGUCGGCAUGGCUGAACGGGCCUACUUUGGGAUGGAGGAUGGGAGCGUGCAGGUCCGGGAUCCUCCGGUCAAAUGAGGAGGUUCCGUGUUGCCCUCGUCGUCGUCGUCCCUCUUCUCGACUGACCUCACUUCUCCCGCAAGUGCCAUGUCUAUGAUUUUUUUUUUUUUUUUUACACCUGGUCGCAAUCCGGACGUGAAACUCACCUAAAAACCGGAUUACAAAAUUCGUCACUUGAUCUUUCUCAUCUUGCAGGUGGUGCUUCUGGUUCUGUGGGUGUUUAAAGUGCCUGAUGAGUCAAAUCAAGUUUAUCUGAUAUCGAUUUAAAGUUGUUGUUUUUUUUGGCUGCUUGGUUGACUGCUUCCUGUCAUUAGCAGGUUUGACUUGUUGCCUGACAGUGCUGUGGUGAAUCACUGCACUGCUGCAGAGGGAAAUUAAAAUGUGCCUUAAUUGUUUUUCAAGUCCUGUCAAAAGAAACAUGCCAUUGAAGUUGCAUUCAAUAGCUCACACAUUAAAAACCAUCAUCUCACUGUGAGCAGAACAAACUGGAAAUGUGUUAGUUUCAACAGAGCAGUGUCUGGUCAUGAUGUUGCAGUUCAAAUGUAAUUCUCCUUGUUUAUUUUGAUCUUUAAUGUAUAAUAACCAGUGUUGCUAUGAACCAGUGGUGUGUUUUCCUGCUCUUGAGUAAGAACAGACGCUGUGAAAUCUGUGGUUUCCUCUCAGUUUCAACAGUUACACGUCAAGUCCACAGUCUCACUGUGGAACAGAAAACAAAACCCUGAAUGUGUGUUACUUUAAUGCAUGUACCACUUUCCACUGUGAUCAUUCUUUGCAUGAUGGAAUCUCUCUCCUCACACAAACUGUCCAGUCACAAGACUUUGUCUCGUGUCAGAAACUUAAACCUGAAUGAAGGUUUGAGGGAAAAGAUGAAAGACAGUUAUGCUAUAAAAGUUGCAUGUGUAAUGACGAACUGUGAAGCUAGGAUAUGAACCAUAACGACCACAUGUACAUUUUAUGUGCCUUGGUAGACUGAAGCAAUAAUACAGCCUCUUGGUUUCAAAUGUAGUUUUUUUGAAGGGCCAAAAGCUGCACUAUUCAGUUUUAUGGAAAGAAACUUCAGUAGUUCAGGACAAAAGAUGAUUCUCUGAAAGUUGCUUCAAAUUGUAUUUGGCUCCUCCUUCUGAUUAUUUCUGGGUCUUGUAAUGAUAAAUCUUUAAUACUGUAUUGUGCAGCUUCGAAGAGGGAGAGUUGCAAAAUGUUACGUUCACUGUGCAGCGAGUCUACUCUGUACUUUCACUGUCCACAGCAAUUGUUAAGUUUUCUUAUUUUAAAAUCAAGGUCUCACAAAGCCUUAAACUCAGUUACCCUUAUGUUUAUGUUUAUAUGAGCAACUGCAGGAUUGAAUGCAGUCGUGUGGCACAUUAGUCCACAGGUACGAACAAUCUGAUUCUAUAUUGUAGUCUUAUGAUUCUGUCAUAAAUCAGAAGGAAGUGGCUGGAUGUGAGGAGGUUAAAAUGCUGAGUGGACCGUGAAGUGAGAAUGUGUGACCCAGUUUGGGUCAAAUACAGAAUGUGAACCAUCGGUGGAUAUUAUUUAAUUUUUUUUGCACCAGCAUGUCUUUUCUUACUUUCUUUACAAAUUCACUGUGAUAAAUUUUUUACUUAAUUUUUUGCUGUGAAUAUACAAUUUCCUUUGCCAAACAAUACAGGACCAAAAUCAUA